AUGAUCCGCGUCUUCAUGGCUUCCGGAGAAGAGCUCAUUGCAGCCCCCGUGGAGGAGCUGGGCGAUGUCCGCACCCUGAAAACCCGCCUGGCGGGUCUCUGCAGCGUGCCGCGCUUUCGGCAGAAGCUCCUUUGCCUUUCGGACGGGACCAGUCUUGCCGAUUGGAGCACACUGGAUGAGCCCAUGGAUCUGCAGCUUGUUCUUCUUCCCUUCAAUUAUGCAAGCUCGGAACAAGCGUCGGAGCUGAUCAACAUGGCCAGCUCUGGUAGAGAUUCUGAGGUGGAGGAGAUUCUGCAGGGUCGCCUGCAUCCAGACAUCGCGUACAAUGGAGGAGAAACUGCUCUCUUCUUUGCAUCCCGGAAGGGCCUUGUAUCGACGGUGAAACUCCUGUUGGAGGCGAACGCAGCCACAGACAGGGUGAGCAGGAGCAACCGUGCAGGCCCUGCAUUGAAUGUCGCGUGCUUCGCGGGCCACGCGGGUGUGACACAGCUGCUGCUGGAGUAUCGCGCCGAAGUUCCGAAAGUACCGGGACGUGCGGAGCUGCCCCUGAAUCUGGCAUGCUUCAAGGGAAGUGCCGAAGUGGUUCAACUUCUCUUGGAUGCGAAGGCAGACAAGGACGCAAGCGGGCAACAGGGCUUCACCCCACUGCUUGAGGCCUGCUCCAGAGGAAACGUGUCCGUGGUGCGACUCCUGUUGGAAUCUCGUGCGAACGUUGAUAAAGUCUGCUGCUCUGACGAUGUGUCCUACGGCGAAACUCCGCUCUACGUGGCUGCGCGCUCGGGCCACGUCGAAGUCGUGCGGCUCCUGCUGCAGGCGCGUGCCGACACCGAGAAGAUCUGCGGGAUGCAAGGUGUCACAGCCUUGGACAUAGCCCGCCGGAAGAGUCGGAUGAGGACGUGGUUUCUGCUAUUGGAGGCGAGCACUAGGAAGAAUGAGCUUGCCGGGUCCUGGCUGAAGCUGAUGCGAAGCUUCCUUGCAGAACUGCUGUCUGGAUGGAGGGCAAAGAGGCUGUAG